AUGUUCCGCACCGCCAUCCUCCGCGCCGUCGCCGCCCCCGCCGUCCGCGCCGUCGCUCGCCCCGCCGCCGCCAACCUCGUCGCCGUGAGGAUGUACAGCGCCGGCGGCGGCUUGGACAAGGAGGCCGUCGAGGGCCGUAUCAUGAGCUUGCUGCAGGGCUUCGACAAGGUCAACGACGUCGCCAACAUCAAGCCCACCGCCCACUUCGUCAACGACUUAGGCCUCGAUAGCCUCGACACCGUCGAGGUCGUCAUGGCCAUUGAGGAGGAAUUCAGCAUCGAGAUUCCCGACAAGGAUGCCGACAAGAUCCACUCAGUCAGCCAGGCAGUCGAGUACAUCCUGAACCAGCCCGACGCCAGCUAA